UUUUAUUCACUGAUUUUUUUACUUGCCAAGAGUCAUAUAAAACAAACAAAUAAUUCAAAAUGCCUAACAUUAAGUUGCAAUCGUCGGAUGGGGAAAUCUUUGAUACCGACAUUCAAAUCGUGAAAUGCUUCGGGACCAUUAAGACCAUGUUGGAGAACUGUGGGAUGGCUAAUGUGAAUUCAACCAUUUUGCGCAAGAUUCUCACCUGGGCCCAUUAUCACAAGGAUGAUCCCCAGCCCACUGAGGAUGAUAAGAGCAAGGAGAAGCGUUCUGAUGAUAUCAUUCCCUGGGAUGCUGACUUUCUUAAAGUGGACCAGGGCACUCUGUUCGACUUAAUAUCGGCUGCCAACUAUUUAGCCAUCGAGGGCCUUCUGGAGUUGACCAGCAAGACGGUGGCUAACAUGAUCAAGGGCAAAACUCCAGAGGAAAUACGCCAAAUAUUUAACAUUAAGAAGGACUUUACUGCCGCCGAGGAGGAGCAAGUGCGCGAGAAGACGAAAUGUGAGGAGUGUGGGAAGAAGUAGGACCCCAGUUGACACCAAGUCCUUUAAUUAAGUUUAUCUAAUAUUAUAUAAAAAACAAAAACCACUAAUAAAACCCCCUUUGUUAUUGCGCUAA